AUGAUUAACCGAAGUUGGGGUAUCGAACUUUGGGAUCAAUUUGAUAAUGUUUCAAAAUAUACAGAAAAAAGUGUCCAAUUUUGUGAAAAAUACGAAUCAUUUCUUAAAGAUCGUUCGACAAUAGAAGAUGAUUAUGCAAGAGCUUUAAAAAAAUUAACAAAAACUUACACGCCAAAAUCAAAAGAACAAGAAGAAUUUUAUAAUAAAUAUUCUUACACCGUUGCUUUUUGUUCCACAUUAAAAGAAUUACACGAUUUAGCUUUACAACAUGAAAUUAUCGCUGAAAAUUUACGCGAAAAUACAGUAAAACAAAUUCAAAUCACAAUUAAAGAAUGUCGAGAACAACGUAAAAAAUAUCUUGACGACUACAACAAAGUUAAACGGCAACUUGAUAAACAAUAUGACUUAUUGACUAAAUCAUUACGAAAAUAUGAAGAAUGCUUCGAAUCAGCACGUCGCGCAAAAGAAGGUUACGACAAAGCUCAUGAAGAUCUCGAUUUAUCUCGUGCUCAAUUAGAAAAAUCACGUGAUUUAAUGACAUCAAAAUCUAAAGUAUGUGAUGAUGCACAUGCAACUUAUUCGUCCCAAGUAUCAAUGUACAACGAUACUCAACGGUUAUUUUACGAAGAACAAUUGCCAAGUAUUUUAUCCAAUUUACAACAACUAGAUGGAAAACGUUCGAAUGAACUGAAAAAUAUUUAUUUUAAUUUUAUUCAAUCACACGCAGAAGUUUUACCACGAAUAAAACGAUGUUUAGACGAAAUGGCAAUACAAACUGAACAAUUAAAUCCAUAUUCUGAUGCUCAAAUUGUUAUCGAUGAAUAUAAAUCUGGUUAUGAUAUACCUAUUGAUGAAAAAGUGGUUGAUCUCAAUACAGACGAUCUUCCGUCAACAAUAUACAGUGGACAGGAUCAACCAAUUUACAAUGAAUUAUAUCGUUCAAAUACAUUGAGAAGUACCAAUAGUGAUUCUAGUCAUCCGAAUGGUACGGCAACUAUCUAUGCACCUAGUAGUCAUAUGAGCAAAGCACAGACACUGAUAAGAACAUCAAGAAUAAAUGCAAAAAAAGCUAGUGGUGCAGCUAGUACAAUUCGAAAAAUAUUUGGAACCUCAGCACAAAGAAAAUCUUCAACUUCGUCUAAUGUCAGCAUGGUAAAAAUCAAUGCGCCUUUUAGUUCUUUGCCACCUGCACAACGCUUAAGAAAAUUUCAAGAACAAAUCCUCAACUGUAAAAAUGAAUUAGAAAAAAAGCAAAAAGCCAGAGAGGGCUUGGCAAAAAUGAAACUUGUUUUUCAAGAAAAUCCAAAAUUUGGCGAUGAAGAAAAUGUUAAACAACAAAUUACAACUAUCGAUGAAAAUAUUGAAAAAUUAUUAGCCGAAAUACAACGAUUUGAAUCUUAUAUAGCCGAAAUUGAACGUGCUCGAAUAUCAACAUCAUCAGAUUUUGAUUUAUCAUUACGUUCACAUUCUAUUUAUGGUUCCGAUCUUUCUAUAGGCACUCAUAACCUAAGUUCAUCGUCACAAAAUCGAAGUUCACUCUAUUUGCUGCAACAUCAUCUUAAAUUCACGAAUAUCAAUCGACGUUGGUCGGCAACGGUUUGUCCACCUGAUAUUCCUGAACACAAUAGAAAUAAUAUCUAUGAUCAACCUAGUGAAUUUCAUUGUUUACCAUCGAUAACAUCUAUGACAAUACAUCAAACAGAUGGAACAACUGAUGAAGUCAAUGGAUCAUUUGAAGAUGAAGAUGAUGAUAUCGAUCGACACGAGAGUCCGUAUCAUGAACCAUCAAAUCAAGAAAAUCAUAGCAAAGCUUAUGUACUUUACGACUUUACCGGCCAUGGUGUCAAUGGCUGUGAAUAUGUAAAUUCAGCAACCAUACAUGUUGGUGAACAUGUCGAAAUCUUAGAAGAUGACCAUGGCGAUGGUUGGACGCGUAUAAAAAAAUCCGACGGUUCAGCUGGUUUUGUUCCAUCUUCAUAUAUUCGUAUUGACUCUCAAAUGCCUUCAACGUCGUCACCGAAAAUCGAAUCCGGCCGUUUUUAA